AUGGUGACGUUCACGUUCGUGGACGGUGAGGGCGAGAGCACGAGCGUGACGGCCGAGGAGGGCCAGACGCUGCUGGACGUGGCCCACGAGAACGACGUGGAGCUGGAGGGCGCGUGCGGCGGAGAGCUGGCCUGCUCCACAUGCCACUUGGUGUUCGAGAAGCGCAUCUUCGACGACCUGCCGGAGAUCAGCGAGGAGGAGGAGGACAUGCUGGACCUGGCCUGGGGCCUCACGGACACAUCGCGGCUGGGCUGCCAGAUCACGGUGACCAAGGAGAUGGAGGGCAUGACGGUGCGCAUCCCGGACGAGGCCGACAACCUCAUGUAG